GAGGAGAGACUGCUGAGGAGGAGACAGAGGGGACCCUGAGACAACACGUCCCACGCCAGAGCCAGACAGCCGGGGAACUUUGAUUUGACGCCAAGUAGCCUGCGAUGAAAAUGACGUUGAAGAGAAAGAGCCACGUUUCUUCUUCUUGGGAGGCUUAGAUAUGUCGGGCGUGUGCAACAUAUGAUGUCCUUGGACUCAUGUGCUCAAUGAAGAUUUAUUUAUCUGUGAUUUCGCUCCUCUAUUCGCUGAUGGUGCCGCUUCGUUGUGCCCGCACUUAGGUCAGCCGAAUGCGUUUGAAGGCAGUCUGAGCGCAUUGUUUCCAGUUCCGUUGUAAAUGGGAUUUCCAGCCGUGAUGUCUGCAAUAUUUCGCUCUUUGUUUCUGGUUCUAUGCGGCCUGCUGUCAGCGGGUGCCCAGACGGAGAUGAAGAAGGUCGUCGGGGACAAUGCCACCUUACCAUGCCACCACCAGUUCCCGUCGUCCAACUCUCUCGACAUCGAGUGGCUAUUGCAAAAGCCAAACUCCAAACAGAAAGUGAUCAUCACCUUCUUCGGGGGUCAGGUGUACACCAAUGAGGCGGCGAGCAGCGAGGCCAGCCGCCUGUCCUUUGCUGGGGAGUACCUGGGUGGAGACGCCUCCCUGAUGAUCAGUGACCUGCUGCUGACCGACUCUGGAGAAUAUUAUUGUAAAGUGAAGACAGGGGGAAAGUACCACUGGAGCCAGGUCAACCUCAUUGUGCUGGUCAAACCUUCCACGCCGAGGUGCUGGAUGGAUGGCAAACUCCUGGAGGGAAGUGAUGUCAAGCUGAGCUGCAAGUCCAGCGAUGGUUCUGAUCCCAUCAACUACAAGUGGGAGCGAGUCCUCGACAAAGGCAAGAGUCUGGGGAAAUUGCCAAACCUGGCAUUGAUAGAUCUCAAGAACCCAGAGCUUGUGACCCUGAGGAAUCUCACUAUGGACAGCACAGGAGUCUACAGGUGCACAGCAAGCAAUGACGUGGGAGAGGAAAACUGCACCAUCGAGGUCACGAUGCAACAUGUGAGGGAUGUAGGUAUGGUAGCAGGUGCAGUGGUGGGAAUAUCCCUCGGAGUCAUCAUUGUCAUAUUAAUCAUCUGGCUCGUCUUCCGGAAGAAAGAGAAAAAGAAGUACGAAGAGGAGGAGACUCCGAAUGAGAUCAGGGAGGACGCAGAGGCUCCCAAGGCCAAGCUGGUGAAGCCCAACUCCCUUUCCUCAUCCCGCUCCGGCAGCUCACGCUCCGGUGCCUCCUCCACCCAGUCCAUGGUGCACAACAGCGCCCAGCGUGGUCACCGUCCCCGCCCACCUGCUGUAGCAGCUCUCAAGGAAAAUGGACAGCCUCCAGGCUUCCAACAGCCCCCUCCAGCCUACACUUCAGUGGUACCCAAGACCCCAGAGCCUCCUGCCACUCCCAAAUACAACUCCAGGAACAUGUCUGGUCCCACACCCCCAACCCUCAUGGUCCCUGCCCAGACCAAGGCCUUUCAGACUGUGUAGGACUGAAAGCCAACCACUUCCUGCAGCCAUGUGAGACUCCCAUCCCAGCCCAAACCCCCCUCUAGCCCCCUCCCAAAGACUGAGACUCUUCCAUAGACAAAGAAAUGCAACUAGUUAAAAGGAUGUAAUUACAAGAAUAAAUACUAUAAGUCUAAAAGUACUUUUAAUGAAUGCAUACUUUAAAAGGGAAAUAAGACAUGCUUGCCCCCUACUGAAUUACGUAAAACAACAAAACAAAAGAAAAAACAAGACCCGAGAUGCAACACUGUUCGUGUCUCAUGGCUAAAGGCAAAACUUGUUUUCUGAGUUCUGUCUUUUGGCUUUGAAGGCACAGGGAAGUAGUGUGUGCAGCAGGGUGGAAGGAGCCCCCUACAGUAGUAGAGCUUUUAUUUAUUUAUGAAGUCAAAAGGUUUAGGCAUGCAGUAGACAAAAAGAGGGAAAAAUGGAGACAGUAAAGAUUGGAUGAUGAAGUGGAUUCAAACUCUGAGCCAGAUAUCAAUGGAGUCAUACAGCUCUUGAGCGAUGGUUGUGGAAAAAAAUACAAGCUGGAUACAAGCAGGGCGGAAAACAAGGAGGAAGAAAGUGCGAGUGUGAGACAGCUACCGAUUUCUUUCUCUGGGAGGAGGAAAGGGGGGCGUAAGGUGAUUCUCUGAUUCAUGUCACCCUGCACCUCCGACUCGCUGCCUCCAGCACCUGCUCUGAAACCACUAACCCCCUUUGCCUCCCAUGGGCCGGGCCUAUUGUGCCCAUCCAUGUGGAUAGACACAGUGUGCGGCGUGUGCAUCAUCUGCCUCACCGCUCUCGGUCUUUUCGUGCUCUCAUAACGAACCCGUGAGAAACCACGGCGGUCCUGAGACUGACUCAGCUGGCUCACAAACAGCUCAUCUGCUUUACCAAUCAGCAGGGGAAACUUCAGGUACAAGGAUGUAGCAUUGACAGUGGAGUCAAAUCAAUGGAGUUAAUAUACCCCCAUCCCACAUCCUGUCUUCAUCUAUGGACAACCUUUUCUGGUACUGAAUAUCUUUCCUGAAUAAUUAAAUAGUAUGUAUUAGGCCUAUAGCGAGUCAAUACUUAAAUAUAGGGGAUAAGCAUCUAUUAGACUAUUGGACUUGUUUUUCUUUUCUUUCUGUUCUCCUGUGUUUCUUCUCUCUGAACAGGUUGUAAAGAGUGACACACAGCUAUAUGUCCAUUCAUCCAUAUUAAGAAGUGCCACCAAUCCCUAGGAUGGGUUUAUUAUUGUUGCUUUUUUUACUCUUUUGUUUACCUGCUACAUUUCCGAACUGAAACCAAAAUCUCACCAUGAAUGUGUGACGUACAAAGAUGGUGGAUCCCAUUCUUUUCGGCUCCCUAUAAAAGGUACUGAAUCAACAUUCGAGCUAAGGCACAAAGAAUUGACCUUGACGUUCAAUUUUACAAUUACUAUGUCUGAAUGAAGGGAGCGAGGAGUAUGAUUCUAGAGACUUCAAUUGUAUAGCGUGUGUAUGGUAUCAUUGACAGUACUCUCCCUGGAUCCAUAACAAUGGAGUGGCACUCGAUUGCUGUUUCGCUGAAUCACCGUGGACCUGCUUGGUUGUUGGUCGAGCUAUGCUAUCAGCCAAUUCCCUUUUGUUGUCGUAUCCUCAGACAGACCCAGUGCAGUUUGAUUGAAAGUAUCUGAAAAAAAAGGGGGCAAGUAGCCUAUUUCGUGUGCCUUUGCAAUCCCUCUUCUCUUCUGGUUUCUUUCCUUGUCCUUAUCUUCAGCACACCAGUGGUUGAGUCUCUGUUCACAACCAGCGUUGAGGGUCAACAGUAGCAAAUACUGAGAGAUACAACUUCACAAAACUUGCCCUUGUAAUAACAGACGCAGCCCAGGAAGCACCAAGCAGAGGGAACUAUCCAUGGUGAGAAAGCAAUCCCAUGCCAAGGGACAAUGUACUGUACAUUCUGUAAUCAGUCUUGUUUUAUAUUGUACAUACAGAUAGAUAUACGCACAUGAUGUCAUUUAAUUUAAAUUAGGGUAUGUGAGGGGAAACAAACCCUUACAAAAGAGUCAAAUGGGAAACCCAAAAGUGAAUUUAAACUGUGUUUUUUGUGCACGUGUUGUAUGAACAAGUGAAGACCGUUGACAUAUUUGAACUCAGCACUCGUGCGUGACAAACUAAAUAUCUACUUCACAACUACUAGCCAGAUUCUCAUGAGAUGGAUUUUAUUGAUCCCCAGAGGAUAAUUCUUUCUCAUUUUGGUGACCCAGUGACCUUUCCUCAGGCACUACCAUCGGGGUAAUAAAAAAUAAAACACCUUCACCAGAAAACGGGCAUUAAAGUUUCCAUUUAAUAUUCAACACAUAAUGAAUAUUUUAAGCCUGACCUUUAAUCUGGCACAGUUUCCAUCUUACAUUUCACUAAGAUUUAUCAAAAUGAAAGUUUGUGAGGUUGUUCAUACUGUCAAAGUAAAUAAGCGGUUUGUAAUUGAAUGACUCUCAGGUAAAACUAAACAAGUUAAGCUCCACUUACUGCUUCUAAGAAGAGCAAAGCAUCAGUAUGUCUAACACUUUAAUAUUAUAGCUUGUAACGAUUAUUGCUAUUUUCUCUGGGUCGGUAGCUGGGCUUUAACCUUGUUUCAUUUCGAAAUCAAAAAUGUUCACGCUAAAGUAAAAACCUGUCACAUAAGAUGAAGUGAUUCAUAAAAAAACAUGAACCUUUUGAAAACCAACAUCUGUCUGAAAAGCACCUGUGGUUUGACUUCACAUGCGGGAUUUCACACGUGACUUAACUGUAAGGGAAGAUGAGAAAAAAAAAUGCCUUUUAUAUUCAACUAGAGACAGCGGUUCAUAUUUGAGCAGGGAAGCUACUGUGUGUGUGUGACUUUGCGUGCGUGCUUGCAUGCAUGCAUGCAUGUUUGUGAAUGUGUGUGAGUGUGUCUGUGUGGGUGUGUGCAUGUAAAUUCAGUAUAAGCCCUUGGGCCACACCCACACAUUCUCAUGUUAGCCAUUCAAUGAGUAAGAAGGAUCCAGUCAUGCAAAGUAACCUCUAUCCAAAUUGAUAUGACUGCAGACUGGCAGUGUUUAUUUUAGUUUUCACUGACUUCGAUGCCUAUUGAACUUGGCUUCAUAGGCAGCAGUCAUGUUUUUGCUUGUGGGGGUGGUGUCUCGAGACAAAGCACGUCCAUAAUUCAUAAUAUUGUCAGCUCUGGAGGCCACUUGUACGCUCUCUCCUUGCUCGUGUUGUCUCUUAACAUGGAAUGCACUUGGCUCUGGGUGUACUGAUGGCAUCUCAAGGCACACACAAACACACACACAAUACAGAACAGGUCAAAGUUGUAUAUACACACACACGCACACAUAAACAGGUACACGUGGCACAUUCAGGUCCGCACGGAAACACAGGUGUGUGCUUUAUGCACAUUCACAGUUGCACAUGCACACAUGUGCUCACACACACACACACACACACACACACACAGACACACAGUUUGCACAAACAAAAGCCCAAACAGCAGUCCUUGUUAUUUCUGCUCCUUCAGAAUCAAUUUGAUGGAUUGAAUGUCUGGAGGUAUUACGACUGACUGAUGGAACCAGGAUACUAAAUGCAGCACAGAAAGGGACACUCUACUCUGCAUCACCCAGGGGACAUGUGUGCACACACACAGCUACUGUAACAAAACACACACACACACACACACACACAUACGUGCAUGCAAACACAUGCACUCGGAAAUACAAACUCUGCUAUGCAUCUUAACAAUCUGGAUAGCAUAUGCUUCAAGACUUUUUUUUUCCAUGGGAAUCUGCGAGAGUAGUGCUAAGAAUCAGGAGAGGUAUCGCAGGAUUGAUUAGGAGCCAGGGCUGUAGGCUCUAGCAAUUGAAAUUCCCUCCACAGCAGAUGAAAGUAGCAGUGGAGGUGGAAGGAUGGGAUGCAAGUCUUCCAGCUGUUAAAUUCCUCCCAAGCUUUUUGAUUUGCUUUCGAGCAACUGAAAGUCUCAGGUGGCAGAUUCCCCAGUUUAUGAGCCCUCGCAUUGCAUCUCUCCUCUCAUGUGUGCCGCUUUGUGGCCUGACAAAACUUGUGCUCUUUUCCAACAAAUGAAUUUUAAGGAGCUUUUGUCAGUUCAGUAAAGAGUGGAGGAGGAAAGUCUUAAAACACUUCAGAGUGUCAGCAGCCCAUCCAAUAUCAUUCUUUAAACAGUAUCCAUCAGCACUAUACGUAUAUUGUCUUAUUAUCAACACAGGUGCAGUAAACAUGAAAUCAUUUAAUGGUUAUCCUGCGUUAUAUGAUAGGUGUAUGAAUCUCAUGUAGCUACUAUGUUUUAUGUUCUUUAUUAAGCAGUUUUAUUUCUGAAUAAAGUUGUUGAGCAGGGCAAAGUGAUGCUCAGACUUUGUGGUUUGGCCUUGUAUGUCAAUAUAGGGGAAUGUGAUGUAUUGCUACUUCUGAGAGAGGAGAUGGACUGGGCUGUAGUCGACCUCGAUAAGGAAAGCAAAGGUACCUGCAUGUCAUAGGAGAUUGAGCAGACGAACGGGAAUGCUUUGCUUUGAUGUAACAUAACUGUAUUCGGCUAAAAAUAGAAGAAAAAAAAAAAGAAAAUUGUAAAUAUAUUCACAGAAAGUUUUAUGAAGCUUUAUUUUUGUCUUCUUCUUUAUUUUGAAUUCAUUAUCCAUGUACUUUGCACUUUUUUUGUGUGCUAUGCUCAUCACCGGCCUGUGUGGGUUCUGUGUGGUUGGCUGCUUCUCUUGACUACAUUGUUUGGAUGUCAGGGGGAGACAGGCUCAGCGCGGCGUCACUAAAGGGAAAUGUAAGACACUUUUCUUUACUUUACUCUCAUCAGUUUUUCUGCCGUGGCUUCUCUUUGGUUUUAUAAAACAGUACAGAAUUUUUUCGUUUGUUCGUUUGAUGAAAACAAUCCAUGUAAAUAUCACAAGUAAAAAAAUGUAUAUUUUUACGACUUCUGAGUUAUUACUCUUUCAUUUGCAAAUAAAAUAUUCAAUGACAACUUAA